CGUACACUUAGCCCGGCGGGUGCUCCAGCUGGAAAAGACGAACACUUCGUUACGUCAGGAGUUACAGGAACACAAGAGUAAAGCUGACCAGCUGGUCAAAGAGGUUGAGAACACCAACAACCUUCUAGAUCAGUCCCAACAGCCCUACGGCUACCUCAUCAAUUCGAUCCGCGUCCGUGACGGUCAGCUACAGCAGCAGGCUGGACACAUCCAGGUGUUGGAGGAUGACCUCAGGAAAGUGUCGCAAGAGAGAGAGGAGCUGGCUCGCACCCACAAUCAGAUGAGUCUGGACCUGGAGAGACUGCUCAACCAGAAAGAGGUCAGUUGUUGCACUGUGUCAGUCAGUUGUUGCACUGUGUCGGUCAGUUGUUGCACUGUGUCGGUCAGUUGUUGCACUGUGUCGGUCAGUUGUUGCACUGUGUCAGUCAGUUGUUGCACUGUGUCAGUCAGUUGUUGCACUGUGUCA